UCGGACCUGACAGAGCCGAAAUAGUUGUCGGGAGCUGCUGUCGGUUUCUGUUAGUAUUUGUCGGUGUCAAGAUAAAAAGAAAGAAGAAAAUAAGUUUCUCCUCAUAAAGCCUAGAAUGACAGAGAGGAAACCGUGUAGGGUGUGCAAUUUCACACGACAAAAAUCAUAUGGGUUGGUAGUUCCCUCCCUCGAUGAGCUGAAGAUAAAAGGGUGUGAGUUCCUUGGGUUCAGCCCCAGCAACCAGGUCACAGUGGUCCUAGAGGAUGAUGGGACGAUAGUAGAGGAUCAGGCCUACUUUUUGUGUUUACCCUCAAACACAAAGUUCAUGCUGUUGCAUGAAAAAGAGUCAUGGUCUCCAGUUCGCAGAGUUGACGGUGGCACGGCCUGGAUGGCGAGGGACUCUGUGAUGCUGGAGGCUGAUACUGUGGACGCCUCCAGUGCUGUCGCACCUUGGUGGGACCUGGCUCAGCAGCUGAAGCAGGAUCUGACCAGCAUCAUCCUCAUGUCUGAAACAGACUUACAGACCUUAGUAGAUGCCCCAUGCCCUGAGCUAGCCUCUGCUCUGGGCUUCCAAGAGAAGAGGGCUGAAGACCUCCAGGAGACACUGCAGAGGGUUCUGGACCGAAGAGAGGAAGAAAGGCAGUCCAAGGAGUUGCUCCAGCUCUACCUCAAAGCUGUGGAGAAAGAAGACACACGACAGGAUGAGCCAAGUCAGCCCAGCCAGAGAGGGCCUGGAGAUGUGGAUUUGCCGGAUGGCAUGGAAGUGGACUCUGCAUCUGGAUUCAUGUCCAGGACACUAAUGGUCUUGAAAGGCAAAACAAGCCCAGAGACCAGGCUCUCCACUGAAGAUCUACAGAUGGUAGUGACCAGAGGGGUUGAGGCCAUGGAGCAGGUGUUGGGCUGGGACAGAACACGGACGUCAGCGCUGCUGCAGGCCUGCGAAGCAGAGCUGACCAGGCGUCUUCAGCAGAUUCAGGCCGUGCAGUCCAUCAGGAGCAACACACAGCUGGACAGCAGCCAGCAGUGCAGUGUGAACAGCACAGAGGAGGGCGAAGAAACACCCGCCCAAGGCAGCAACUAGGCCGAGGCUUCACCUGAGCAGAGACUGAUAAGAAUUCACACUUCCUGCCUCAGGGUCAGUAGAAUAGGAUUUGCCCUGUGUUGAUGAUAAUAUCCAUAAUGUUGGAAUCCAUGAAUGCUAAUGAUGUUGAUGUUUGCAUCAUUUUGUAAAACUUGCAAACCGCUAGAAUGCUUUUGCCUCAAGAUGAAGCGGAGUGAUUUGCUCGUCAUGUUUAUCAAAAGCCAUAUUAGCAUUAACCACUGGCACCUUCCAACUUUCUUUUGGCUCCUGAUUUUUACUGAGUGCCUUGCCCAGAAAAUAAACAUACAGAAAUAUAAACAUAUCCACAUGAAAACUUCAAGCAUUAGUAAUUAGCCAUUCUGGGGAGUGUGCUUUGUUGAUUGCCGUGAUUUGUUUUCUUGCCAUGAGUUAGAUGAGAAGAUCAACACCACUCACAUGUCUGUCUGUUCAAUAUAAAGCUGAAGGCAGAAGGCAGACAGCUUAUCUUAGAUUUUUUUUGUCUGCUCCUCUUUAAACACCGCCAAUUAUUUUUUUUUUUUAGAAUCUGAGGCUUUAAAUUAGCUAAUCUCCAGCCUACCAUGAGUAACAAAAUAGAUUAUUUUUUGUGUGGUGAAAAUAAUUUAUAUGCACUAUCACUGAAACAACACUUACAUAUUGAAUACAGUGGAUCUUUUGGGAUGUUUAGAGUAGCAACCAGGCCCAUCCUGCGCCUCAUAACUUGCUCCCGCUUGUUAUCUUGUGCAGUGACUCCUGAAAAAAAAAGAGACAAAUGUUGUGUUCCCACUGCAGUUCCAUAGCUGUUUCCAAUCAGUUUAAAAGUCUAUUGGCAGACUUAGA